ACGUUUCUACAACCUCCUGCGCCUCUCCGCUGCCCUUUCGUUUUGAAGGCUACCCGCGCCCGUCCUCCCACUUGUGCUAGUCCACCCGCCCGGGCUCGCCAACCUGCCCGAGCUCGUCCAUCCACCACAGCCACCUCAAGCCUAAGCCCAUGCUCGCUUCCCCAAUCCUCGAUAAUCUCAUCCGCUCCGCACCGAGCCGUUUCAUAGGCCGCUGGCAAUACAAGAUGCCCUUUGCGUGGCACCUCUACACGCAGAACAUGGCGAGGACGGAUGUUGCGUCCCCACCGCCCUCUGCGUCCGUCGCCGCCGCCGCGCUCGCCUCUGCUGGUAUCCCUGGCUCGCUGCGCAGAACAUCCCGGGGAGCACGCACGGACCAGCCCACGAUCGUCACCACGAGCAUGACCGCGCCAGAUGGUGUCUGCGCGCGGUGGUGGCCUGCCGACCUCAGCCGGUCGAUGCUGCGCAAUCUUGCGGUCGGGUUUCCGGUGGAUCAAGUUGCUCCAGACGCCGUAUAGCGACGGCGACCAACGACAUCGCAAACACGGG